CGACGUCUUUCAAGGUGUUAUGGAGUUUAGAAACGGCAUCAGUACAAUGUUCAUAAAAAUUCUUUGGAUUAUAGUUUUCUAUGACACAUUUCUUGAUGUACGUGCAGACACCACGUUGCAACAAAAUCGGUAUGAAGAGAGACUGAACCUGGUUGAGACAGUUCUUGUGAAGCAAUCAAACGAGAUUGAAGACCUCAAAUUGGUUGUUCAGACUCAAAGGAAUGAAAUAACCCAAUUGAAGGUGACACUUUCCAAGGUCAAACAGUUACAAGGAAUUCAUGACAAAUCCAUUUCAUUUCUACGACGACUCAUAAUGAAGCCAAAGAUAAACUUGCAAUCGACAACAGAAGAAAAUACUAUGCUGAAAAGGGACAAUCAAGACAAGAACUUAAAACGAAUUUCAGAAAUAGUAACGAGUGAAGUUUCAAUUAACCGAGCAUCGAGACUUCUAAACGUGGCGACUUCAGCACCAGACAUUCGAACUGUUGCAUUCUAUGCACUAAUGAGUCACAGUGAAUUGAACCCGGGACCGCACCAUACUAUAGCAUUUGAUUUAGUUAAAACCAAUAUUCACAACAGUUAUAAUCAUUUCACAGGAGUUUUCACUGCUCCGAUUCAUGGAGCAUACGGAUUUAUCUACGCAUUGCGAAUGCCUUGUAAUACAUAUGGAACAUUCGAAAUCAUGAAAAACGACCAGGUCGAGGGAACAAUCCAUGUCAACGUCCAAAAUGGAUGUUCUGGUCAAUUUUCGACCGGAAGUAUCGUAAUCGUGUUAAAUAUUGGAGAUGCUGUGUAUGUUAGAACCCACUCUACCGUAACACCUACUGGUCUCAUUUUGAGCGGUAUUCAUGGUGGCCCGUAUUUUGCUGGAUGGCUGAUUUCAUCGCUUUGA